CUCUCUCUCUCUCUCUCUCUCUCUCUCUCUCUACCCCCCCUCCUUCUUCCUUUCCCUUCCUAUUGCUACCGCCAGUGUUGGAACCGCUGUAAAAGAAAAGGAGGUGGAUGCGCUAGGCCGGACUGACUUAUCCGUCCGUCCGUCUUUUCUUUCUCCUGCCAGGGACCUUGCGCUGAGCUGGGACCCGGUGAGGAGCGGGCAUGGCUGCUUCGCCUGGGGCUCGGCAGGCCGCCUGGGGAGCAGCCACGGACCAUCAACGGGAAGGUGGUCGGUUGUGAGACUUCUCUUCCUUUUCCUGCCCCAUGUGUGGAGGGGCACCCCUUUCCAUUUCAGCCUCGCCUCUACUAUGUUGCAUUUUCAGCAUCUUUUCUGAUAGCUGUUGCAAAUGAAAAUGGAGGAAAUGACUUUGUCGGGCCUGGAUAACAGCAAGUUAGAGGCUUUGGCUCAUGAUAUUUAUACUGACUUGAUUGAUGAUGCUUGUCUGGGCUUGUGCUUUGAGGUACACCGUGCUGUCAAAUGUGGAUACUUCUUUCUGGAUGAUACAGAUCCUGAUAGUAUGAAGGACUUCGAAAUUGUGGAUCAACCAGGACUGGAUAUUUUUGGUCAGGUAUAUAACCAGUGGAAGACUAAGGAGUGUGUGUGCCCAAACUGUAGCCGAAGCAUUGCUGCCUCCCGCUUCGCCCCACACUUGGAGAAGUGCCUUGGUAUGGGUCGGAACAGCAGCCGCAUUGCCAAUAGGAGGAUAGCAAGUAGUAAUAACAUGAAUAAAUCUGAGAGUGAUCAAGAGGACAAUGAUGACAUAAAUGAUAAUGACUGGUCAUAUGGAUCUGAGAAGAAAGCAAAGAAGAGGAAAUCAGAUAAGAAUCCCAAUUCUCCCCGACGAUCCAAGUCCCUGAAACAUAAAAAUGGGGAGCUGAGUGGUAGCUCAGACCCAUUUAAGUAUAACAAUUCUGCUGGAAUCAACUAUGAAACUCUGGGCCCUGAGGAGCUCCGUAGUUUGCUAACUACACAAUGUGGGGUGAUCUCUGAACAUACCAAGAAGAUGUGUACACGAUCUCUUCGCUGCCCCCAGCACACUGAUGAACAGCGGAGGUCAGUCAGGAUCUACCUCCUAGGAUCCUCUGGCUCACUUCCUGAAACAGAAAGCAGUGUAGAAAAUGAUAACUUUGAUGUGGGAGAGAGUCAAGCUCUCAUGAGUCGGCUUCAGUGGGAUGGGUCUUCAGAUAUCUCUCCCUCUGAUUCAGCUUCGUCAAAAGCAAGUACAAACAACUCUGAAUCUCGAAAAACCAAAAAGAAGAAACCACACAUGAGCUUGGUAGGAGGUGCUCCAGGAAUGAGCUCCAGUAAAAAGAAACUGAAGUCUAAACCACUUGCCCCUCCUACUCCCAGCCUCUAUGAUGACAUAAAUUGAAUAAUACUGGAAUGAGAAAAACAAGGAGGGCAUCCAGAGAUCUGUUCUAGUUUCUUUCUGACCCAGAUCAGGAGACAGGUCUGGCUGGUAUCCUCUCAAGUGGUCCCUUGUGGAUACCCUUUACAUGAAUUAACUGUGAAGAUAGAUGGCUGCAUGUGUCCAUUGCCCUCCUCUCAAGCCUCCUACACACAUGGCAUAGCCAUAUGCCCACCAGAUAUAUAAUGAAAUACUAGGACUGCUUUGGGGCGAGUGAGCUCCACUUCUGGGAAAAGGGGAUGGUGGUGAUUUGAGGAAGGCCUUCAAGGCGGGAUGCACCUCCAUCAAUCAGGGAGGAAUUGGUAUCUCUCCUUCUUCCCAAUUCAAUUUGUCUAUUUAUUGUGAUGUUAGUGGUUGUUCAAUCAUGACUAUAUAUAUGGUGGCAUCAUAUUUGCUUAGCAUUGCUAAAGAUUGAAUUGGCAGGUCUGAGAGGCAUAUAUGUGUAUAAACCUGCCUAUGCUCUUUUGUUGAUUUUAAAGGGUACAGCAGAAAGAAGCGGAAUCAGUGCCUACUCUUUUGUCUACUUAAGUGUCUACUCUAGUGGCCUCUUUGAGAAGUAGCACAAGAUCAGCCUCUUCCUCUCUGAGGUUUUUGCCUUGUUCAGCUAUCCUAACAUGCUGAAAUAGGCAGAGAGGGUUGAACAGAUGUUGCUGUUGUCACUAUUGUUUCUUUCCUGACACUAUGCUUCUUCACCAGUAGCAUCCCUAAAAUCUUGUACAAAACAACAUUAAGAACCUGGGGCUGCAUUCUUCCUGAUAGAUGGAUAUCAGGAAGCUGGUGAAACAGUUAACUUCCUUACUUGUGCUUGGAUAAAAUAUCUAUCGAAUCUUGAUAAGCCAAUACUCCAAGAGAUGCAUUACUUUAUACACGUUAAUACACAUUUUAAAACAUCUCUGACAAUUGGCUGUAAAUCUGAGUUACUGAAUUUUGAAACAGCCCUCUUUAACAUCUCAUUGAAUCCAGGCAAGGAAAUUGUGCUCUGACCUGCUAGCUAUGAUUAAUUUCUCUUUAACUUCAUAUGUUUAAAAUACUAAAACUGUGCUGGAAUAUUAGGGGCAAAAUCAAGAAAGUGAUAAUGUGAUGGGAGGGAGAAUAUAUGCUCUUUUUUUAGAUUUAUGGUUUUUUCCCCUUCACCCCCCAAAAUAUAUUUUCCCUCCAUUCCUGCUCCGUUUUAGUCUUUUUACAGACAACUGUUGUUUUAAAUCUAGUGCCAUAAAUCAUGAUGGUCUGAUGAUUGUAUAGAUAGAUGCUAGAAAUUGUAGUACUACUUCUAGGGAAUAUUGCCUCUGCUUUUUGCCUCCUCUUCCUGAAACUUUACAAUGUGGACAACAAGUACACAGAAGCCAUGUAACCAAUUCAAAAUGUGUGCUCUCUCUUAUUCCAAAAGUGCACAUACAAAAAAGAUCUUUUGUUGUAUCUACCAAUGAGUCUAAUUUACUGAAGCUUAGCUGUUUUUUUCCUAAUGUGAGAAUGUUUGUAGCUAAUUUCGACAGUAGUAAAGGAUCCAAAUUGCUAAUAAUUGCUUGAGACCGUUGCCUGGAUUGAGGUGGCUGACAACUUUCUUUUGCUUCAUUUCCCCCUCUCUAAUCCUAGCAACUAAAAAAAGUCCUUGUUCAAAAUAUGGCAGAGAGAAACUCCAUGUUUUCCACUGUUAAAAUCCAUAGCUCAAUUGCAUCAAGGAAUGCUCUCUGAAAAAUCCCCACCAAUUGUCCUGAAGUGAAAAGCUUUCAGGACAUGCAGUACUGUUUACGAGAAGAAUCUCGAAGGGACUGCCAAGUUCUUUCUUCCUUCCCAGAGUUCCACAUACUUUUCCGGUGCUGUUACUUAUGGGGGCAAAUUUUGUUUACCAUAGUGCUUGUGUUAAGGCAUAGAUGCUAGAUCAGUUGCUGCUUCUGUUCCUGGCUGGAGGAUAUAUGAAUGUUCCAGAUUGCUUCAAGUGUAGAAAUAGCAGACAUAGGAAGUCAACAUUACUGAGGUUGGUCUUCUUUACUUGCCAUUAUAUACUUGGGCAAAAAGUAUGUUGCCUAGGGAGUAUCCUGGGACCAAGAUGGGCCUUCUUGAAAGAUCUUGCUGGACAGUGGCAGAAAACCUAGUUUUGUGGUGCUUUAUGUUAAACAAGGAAAACCUGUUUGCAGGAAUCUUGAUCUUUUCCCGUCAUCUGAUCACAAUCUACAAAGCAUUACUCCUGUAUUGCCUAGACUGGGGAUCCCCAACCCUCAGUCCGUGGACCGGCACCAGUCUGUGGCAUGCCACCAACCGGGCCAUGCAAGCAAGCUAAAUCCCAUCCGCAGAAUGCAGGCAGCAUGGAAAACCACACUCCCUCUUUUCCUUUCUCCAUGGAACUGGUCCCUGGUGCCCAAAUGUUUGGGGGCCACUUGCCUAGAUUUCAUAUUUAGCUAAUACUUUUAAAUACAUGACUCAGUAUUCUAUGAGAGCUGUGUAUGUAUGGAUCAGACAAUUGCUUCACACCUCCUUGUAAUGUAGCUAUUUGAUGUGAAAUGAAUCUUUCCAAGGGAGGUGGGAAAAGCAGGAAGUUGCUGCUGUUCACUGCCUGAUAACAAGUAGCUACAUAGUUAAAUUAUGUAUCAUCAAAAUGCUGACUAACUUUACACUAUUGCAGCAAUGUAAAGAUAGCCAGUGUGAAAGAAUAAGAAUAGAUCCUUGUUUGUUUUCCAUAACUGCAACUCAAGUUUUUGGGAUCAUGUUUCAGGCAACUUUGGAAGUAUAAACUUUGGGGACUUUUGAAUAUUAUUAAUUUAGCAAGAGAGAGGACAGAGGUCAUUUUAUAUAUGGCUCUGCACCUGCACCUAUUAUUUUUUAAGGUAGGCCUGUUUCACUUGAAGAAAAAAAACCCUGUAUUCUAUCAUGGAUUAAUGAGAGUUUUUUAAUUUGUUGAUGAUGUAUAAACUGCACCUAUGUGAUAUUUUUGAACAUGUGCAGAAAUCACUGAAGAAAGUACUGUACUGUGGUCUUUGAUUUUUUUUAAAAAGUUAUAUCUCUAUAAUCUCAGCCUGUAAAGGUAGCUAGAUGUUAAAAAAAACACUGUCAAAUCUGUAUUUUUUUCUUCCCAUUCAUGGAUUGUGAAAUGCUUGUGUAAAUAAACGGUAACUCUGCUUGGUACUGGU